GUGGUCAGUGACAAAUGCUGGCUGCAAUCCAGCCAGCCCUCUGCCCUUUCCUGAGCCCGAGGGACUGCCACCUCCACUGUGUGCACGCUUGGCUACAGGACACAUUUCAGGUAUCCAAGGCAGCAGAGGUGAGUGGGUCCCCUGAGCUCUGUGACCUUAUGCUCCACACUAACUCUGGCAGAGCCUCCGUUUCCUCAUAGAACAAAGAACAGCCGUCAUGCAGCUCUUCCUCCUCUUGUGCCUGGUGCUUCUCAGCCCUCAGGAGGCCUCCCUUCACCGCCACCACCCCCGGGAGAUGAAGAAGAGAGUCAAGGACCUCCAUGUAGGUGCCACGGUGGCCCCCAGCAGCAGAAGGGACUUUACGUUCGACCUCUACAGGGCCUUGGCUUCCGCUGCCCCCAGCCAGAACAUCUUCUUCUCCCCUCUGAGCAUCUCCAUGAGCCUGGCCAUGCUCUCCCUGGGGGCUGGGUCCAGCACAAAGAGGCAGAUCCUGGAGGGCCUGGGCCUCGACCUCCAGAAAAACUCAGAGGAGGAGCUGCACAGAGGCUUUCAGCAGCUCCUGCAGGAGCUCAGCCAGCCCAGAGAUGGCUUCCAGCUGAGCCUCGGCAAUGCCCUUUUCACCGACCUGGUGGUGGACGUGCAGGACACCUUCAUGAGUGCCAUGAAGACACUGUACCUGGCAGACUCUUUCCCCACCAACUUUGGGGACUCUGCGGGAGCCCUGAAGCAGAUCAAUGAUUAUGUGGCAAAGCAAACGAAGGGCAAGAUUGUGGACUUGCUUAAGAACCUCGACAGCAAUGCGGUCCUGGUCAUGGUGAAUUACAUCUUCUUUAAAGCUAAGUGGGAGACAAGCUUCAUCCACAAAGGCACCCAAGAGCAAGACUUCUACGUGACUCCAGAGACUGUUGUGCGGGUACCCAUGAUGAGCCGCGAGGACCAGUAUCACUACCUCCUGGACCGGAACCUCUCCUGCAGGGUGGUGGGGGUCCCCUACCAAGGCAAUGCCACGGCUUUGUUCAUUCUCCCCAGUGAGGGAAAGAUGCAGCAGGUGGAGAAUGGACUGAGCGAGAAAACACUGAGGAAGUGGCUUAAGAUGUUCAAAAAGAGGCAGCUUGAGCUUUACCUUCCCAAAUUCUCCAUUGAGGGCUCCUAUCAACUGGAGAAAGUCCUUCCCAAGCUGGGGAUCAGUGACGUCUUCACCUUCCAUGCUGACCUGUCCGGCAUCAGUAACCACACAAAUAUCCAGGUGUCUGAGAUGGUGCACAAAGCUGUGGUGGAGGUGGAUGAGUCAGGAACCAGAGCAGCGGCAGCCACGGGGACAAUCUUCACGUUCAGGUCGGCCCGCCUGAGCUCUCAGAGGAUAGUGUUCAACAGGCCUUUUCUGAUGUUCAUUGUGGAUAAUGAUAUCCUCUUCCUCGGCAAAGUGAACCGCCCCUGAGGUGGGGCUUCUUAACUCUACACGCCUCAGGGUGGGAGAUGAAGGUGGCUAUGCUAUGGCCCAUCUGUAUGCUGGUAGCUAGUGAUUUACACAGGUUUAGUUGAUUAAUGAGGCAUUACAAAUAAUAUUACUCCAUGAUGAUUGCUUCCACCCACACAACUGCAAGACACAGGUGCCUUGGGGAAAUUUGGAGAACAUUCAAUCUCGCCCUCACUCUUCCUCAAUGAAGAUUAGCACUGAGAUCCAGAGAGGCUGGAUGACUUGCUCAAGUUCACCAGCAUGUUAGUGGCAAAGAGAGGUCCAGAGUCCAGGCCCUUGAUGCCCAGCUCAGUGCCACAAAGCUCAGUAGGAGGGUUGUUCCAGUGGAUGAGGGCCACCAGGAAGCACAGGUCCAAGGUUGGUCCCCUACCUAUCAGCAACAGCAACUGUCAGUUCAUCCUGCAUGGGAAAAACAUUGGAAUGGGAGUCUGAAAUGGGGCUACUGUUUUGGUCCCAACCUGCUGUGUGACACUGGGGCAACACUUCCCCUCUCCGGACCUCAGUUUCCGUCUGUAUACAAGGAUCAGAUUCUUGCUGUGAUCCAAGAACUCCUGAAAUCAUAUGGAAAGGCUGGGGUGUGCCCUGUCAAUCAUGGUUGAUUUCAAUACACUCAAGUGCCACUCAUCCUUUAAGAAAAACAUCUGGAUAUCAAGGUGGAAAUGGCCCAUUUAAUGAUUGAUUAUAUCAUCUUGUGGAUAUAGUUGUAAUCUUAUGGGCCUGGCUGGGAGUGGAAGAAGGGAAGCCUGCUGCGAAUAGUAGAGUAUCAGUUGCAGGUGCCAAUGACUAACUUUUUGAAUUUUAUGUUGGCAUUAACAAUAAAGCAUUUUGCAAACACUG